UGAAAUUGCUGGUAAGCUGAUGGCAAGUGUCGCAAAGAAAUACCCAGUCCUGCGGCGGUUCGGUGUGCUUGCGCGAGAAAAAGAAUGUUCCCGGGCUGGCCAGCUGGAAUAUCACCGCACCGACUGGUAGGCCACAACUGUGUAACCAGCGUACAAAAGCAACAUUAGUUGUGCGGGAACGGCUCAGACCCGUAACAUAAAUACAUUCGGGUAAGAAGCUGACUCGGUUCUCCUGCCGCGGCGUUUGAAAGUUGUAGAUUUUGUAAGUCGAGGAGAAGGAAAGACUCGAGGAUGCCUACUACGACCGCCAAAGCAUCGUACAAGAAACAAGCUGGUACGCUCGAACUCACAGAUUCACAUCUAACAUGGACACAAGACGGAAAGAAGGCUCCAGCUGUUCGCGUCCCACAUACAGAAGCAUCUUCACUAUUCUGCAGCAAAGAAGGCGCUGCUCAAGUUCGUCUUAAACUUGGGCUUAUCAACGAUGAAGCAGGUCACAAUUUCACAUUCACAUCACCUCAAGCAGUAGCCUACGUCGAGCGGGAAGCAUUCAAGCAGGAACUCACCAACAUCAUCUCUCGUAACCGGAGUGUCGCACCAACACCAACUCAAAAACCAACCCUACUCACACCCGCAAAGACACCCGGCCCAAUCCCCUCCACUUCUCGCGCAACCUCUGUCUCCAGCGACAGUCGCACUCCCAUCCUCUCCGGAACAGAUGCUGCCACAGACUUUCGCCUCAGGAAGAAGGUUCUCCUUUCAAAUCCAGAACUUCUAGCGCUGCACAAGGAGCUUGUCAUGAGUGGUCAUAUUACAGAGUCUGAGUUCUGGGAUGGCAGAGAGCACCUCUUACUUGCGGAAGCUGCUGCAGAAGGUCAGAAACGCGGGCGUCCAGGUCAACUCGUCGAUCCCCGACCUCAAACCGUGGAGGGCGGCGAGGUCAAGAUUGUCAUCACUCCACAGCUAGUCCAUGACAUCUUUGACGAGUUCCCCGUAGUUGCAAAGGCGUACAACGAUAACGUCCCCAACAAGCUCUCAGAGGCCGAGUUCUGGAAAAGAUAUUUCCAGUCAAAGCUCUUCAACGCACACCGCGCCUCCAUCCGUUCCUCCGCCACCCAACACGUCGUAAAAGACGACCCAAUAUUCGACAAAUACCUAGAAAAAGACGAUGAUGAGCUGGAACCCCGAAGAGCGAGAAACGAAGUCUCCGACCUCUUCAUCAACAUAGGAGCAACCAUCGAGGAUCACGUAGAGACAGGAAACGAAAAAGAUGUAACAAUGCAAGCCGGGCGCCAACGCGGCGCCCUCCCCCUCAUCCGAAAAUUCAACGAACAUUCAGAACGAUUACUCAACUCUGCUCUAGGAGAAGUACAACCCGCUAAACGCCGACGCAUCGAUAACAGCAACGAUGACGAUGACGACGAAUACGCCCAGAUCACGCUCGACGAUCUACGUGACCCAGAAGCUACGAGUGGGAUAGCGCUGCAGAUGCAAGACCGUGAACGAUACUUUGAGGGACAGCUUGCACGGACUGCGUCAGAGCAAGCAGAUAGAGAGGUCGUUGACGUCCGCGCAGCUUUUGCAGAGUUGAGAAAUGGGUUUGGGGGUUGGGAAUCGAGGUUCAGUCAGCUCCGAAUAGACAAGAGAGCAGGCGACGCAGCACUCGCUUCAAUGACUCAAAACGUUUCUGCGCGACUAGACAUCCGAACUAGAAAAACCGACUUCCCGCCAACGCUCUUCCGCCAACUAACAACAUGCCAAACAGCCGCAAACGAAUUCCUCCGGCAAUUCUGGACAUCUCUCUAUCCACCCCCAACAUCAACAUCAACAUCCACCCCUUCGCAAAACGCAGCCAAAGCAUCCAAAAUGGCAGGCUACCUCAGUAAGACGCGUGAGAAAGUUGAAGCGCUCGUGCGGGCAGGUCAAUUGGAGGGUGUGGAACCUGAAAGGGUGCAGGUGGCUAUGAAACCGCUCUUGGACGCUGUUGAACAUGCGCUUGCGUUUUAUCGAGCGCGGAAUGCAAGGACUGCGACGCCGAAAGUCGCGUAAGUAUUUGACAUGCAUUGAACGAGGCGGUCGGCUAUAUCCAGCAUGUAACAUAUGAUA